UAUAAAAUGUGUUUAUGUUGGUCAUUGUCAAACUUUGAAAGAUAUUUGCUUUGCUGCAGCCAAAUACUAAUUAAUAAUGCCCCAAACCUCGCUUAAGUUGCAUCAUUAUUAAACAGGGAGAAAGAUUUAUGAACAAAGAUUUAGACUUAAUAUGUUGAAACAUUUGGACAAUGAAAGAUUAUCAAGACAACAGCUGGGUAAAUCAUGACAUAUCCAUCCUUUCAGGUGAUUUGUUCAAGAUAGUAUUCCCUUAUCUUCAGUAUUUUUAGGGUUUGCAGUGAAGGUCCAGAGGUUAGUUAAUAGCUUCCUUAGAGUUCUUGUAGAUUCAGUGGAGUUCUAAGGAACAAUUAGUGUACCAUAACAUACUGUAACAUCACAGAGAAAUCAGAUUUGAGGCCUGUUCUGCUGUGACAGCCUUGGGCAAGUUAUUUAACCCCUCUUUGGCUGUUUACUCAUCCAUAAAAUGGAGCUAAUAGCUAUUAGUGAAAGAUGGUGGAUCGCUUGGCAAACAGUGAAGCAAAUACAAGACGUAUAAGUAUAGUGGAAAACUGUUUUGGAGCAGCUGGUCAACCUUUAACUAUACCUGGACGAGUUCUUAUUGGAGAAGGAGUAUUGACUAAGUUGUGCAGAAAAAAGCCCAAAGCAAGGCAGUUUUUCUUAUUUAAUGAUAUUCUUGUAUAUGGCAAUAUUGUCAUCCAGAAGAAAAAAUAUAACAAACAACAUAUUAUUCCCCUGGAAAAUGUCACUAUUGAUUCCAUCAAAGAUGAGGGAGACUUAAGGAAUGGAUGGCUAAUCAAGACACCAACUAAAUCUUUUGCAGUUUAUGCUGCCACUGCUACGGAGAAAUCAGAAUGGAUGAAUCACAUAAAUAAAUGUGUUACUGAUUUACUCUCCAAAAGUGGGAAGACACCCAGUAAUGAACAUGCUGCUGUCUGGGUUCCUGACUCUGAGGCAACUGUAUGUAUGCGUUGUCAGAAAGCAAAAUUCACACCUGUUAAUCGUCGCCACCAUUGCCGCAAAUGUGGUUUUGUUGUCUGUGGGCCCUGCUCUGAAAAGAGAUUUCUUCUUCCCAGCCAGUCCUCUAAGCCUGUGCGGAUUUGUGACUUCUGCUAUGACCUGCUUUCUACUGGGGACAUGGCCACAUGCCAGCCUGCUAGAUCAGACUCUUACAGUCAGUCAUUGAAGUCUCCUUUAAAUGAUAUGUCUGAUGAUGAUGACGAUGAUGAUAGCAGUGACUAAGGACACAUUUGGGAGUGUUUAAUCAGGUGUGGCUAUCUGAGAAAUCAACUGUGGGGGAAGUUGAUUCUGAGCUCUCUGUUUUGUUCUAGCCAUGAAUUUGCCUGAGAAACUUGUAACCUAUGUGCCUCAAUAUAUUCCAUAGAAAGUAGGUCCCCCUGCCUUCUCCCACUCCUUGCACUCUUCUACAGGGAUAGACUUUUGCAAAUAUUUCAGAUAAAUUUUUUGUUUCUUAUUCUUGUUUAUUUUUAGGUUAUUUUCUUGGAAGGUUGGGAAAAGAUGUUUGUUUAACAGAUCAUGUACUACAUUGUUAUUUUCAUUUCUGUUAUAAAUAAAACUAAAAGCACAGAAUGGUGGGAAAGGGGCUAUAAUGUGGUCCAUUAAUAAUGUUAGUAGCUUUUUUCUAACCAUCCUGUCUAAUGGUUAAGACACCAGUAACAAGAACACAUGAUUUGGAAAUACUUUGUUUGGCUUUUUCAUAUACCUAGUGGUGCCUUAUCAUAAUAGCACUGUUACAUGAAAUAAGCCCCCUACCUUCUUACUUUCUGGUUUGUUGAAAAAAUACACUGGUGCUCUUUGAAGUGAUAAAAUGAGUGUUUAUGAAUGGGUGUAAUUAGGAAAUACUUCUCAUCUGACAGCUACAAAUAACUAAGUUUGGAGGUAUUUUCACUCUAUAUGAAUAAAUAUUUUUCCAUAAAAUAGUUGUGAUUAUAUUUUUGUUUUAUGUAGGUCCCAAAUUAUAAUUGUCAAAUAUAUAUUUUAAAUUAAUAAUAGGUUGUCAUUCUUAGGAAUUUGGUUUGAAAUUUAUCAGUUAUAUAGAAUUGUCAUACUGCAUUAGCUUCUACCUUUAGUAAGACAUUUUUAGAUAUAAAUUCAUCUGCUUUAACAUUAUUUCUGGAUUGAAAAUCUUAUAAAACCCUUGAAAAUAAACAGUCUCUUUUUUACAAAGCCUGUGUUAGAGCACAGAUUUACCUAGGCUUGAAGAUUUGGAAGAGAUAAUAUGUAAGAAUGGCCUCAAGGCAGACCACUUUAAGUUUGGCUAGACUUCAUAUCGUGGAAGUAUUGUCUAUUUCAGUGUGAAACUAUCUUGAAUUUGCAAAUAUAGUGUUAUAUUUUAUAAAGUUUUGUAAAAUCCCAAACAAUAUUUCUAUUUUUGUAAAACAAUUGUAUGUGUGACCUGUAUCUGAAAUCAUUUUGCAAUCUAUGGAAAUAGAGUAGCAAUUGCUAUUUCUAAAUUGUGAACUUUAAGUCAAUCUAGAUUUAUUUUGAGAAGUAAUUGUUCACUCUUUACUUUUGAGGCAGCCAUUAGGUUGAAAGUAUAUAUUUAUCAUAUAAAACUUGAUGUGUUUUGCACUACUCUCUCCAUUUAUAUGCUGCAAACAACUACAGUCUUUGAAAUAUGGAAAAUCAGCAGUCUAAAGUUUGUUUUAAAUUCUAUAUUUAAAAAAUCUUCAAAUCUGAACAUACCGCAAAUGUCAUGAGAAGUUUGAUUCAGUAACUUGUGAUGGAGGAUUCUUUGGUAUCUUACUGUUUGGUUAAGGCACUAAUUUUACUUACCUAUUAGAUUUUGAAAGCAUCUGAGAUAUACAAAUCUCCCUGUAGGAAAUGUGAAAGAAAAGCACAACAAAACUAGGGUUUUUUGUUUGUUUGCUUGCUUUUAUGAUUUUUUUUGGUUUGUUUUAAUAUCAGGUGGAUUUUUGUUUCUAAGCAAUAUAUACAUAUAAUCAACCAACAUAUCUGAAAAGGAUCAUGAAACCUGAAAAAUGCUAAUAGAGAUUUGCUGGUACAUAGGAAUCUAGCAAAUUCAGGAACCAAGGGGAAAUGUUCUGAGAUAACAUUUACAUUGUCAACCUUUAUUGACUUUGUUUUUACAAUAAAAAAUAUUUUACAACUUA